AUGAGCAUUCCUGUCGAGUAUAAUAAGGACUAUAAGUGGGACUGGCCUCUGCAGACAAACGAUGACUUUGUUAAGGUGAUUGAUGAUACUUCGCAUUUUGAAGUUGAUUUGGACGCAAAAAUGUUCACUCCAAAAGAGAUCCAGGUGAAAACUAUCGGUGACCUGCUGGAGAUUCACAUGGAUCACGAAGCUCGUGGUGACGAGACUUUUAAUAUCUCUAGAAGCAUCACAAGGUGCUACAAAUUGCCGAAGGGCGUCGACCCGAAAACGUUGAAAAGCAACCUAGACAAGAACGGAGUACUCCAUAUUAGCGCUAUGAAAAGCUAA